AAUGGUAAUUAAAUUCGUGUGCUAAAAAGUAGAACAAAUAAGAAAUUAAAAAGGAGAGAGAGACAGAGAGAGGGGAAGUGGGUGAAGGUGAAGUCCGUGAAGACUGAAGAAGCAAUUGAGCGGAGCAGACGAGAAGGAAAGGAGAAUGGGGGAAGAAGAUGAAGAUAGUUUGAUUGUUAAUCUUCCAAUUAUCGAUUUAUUGGCGCCUGAUCGAGUUUCUACCGCUGCUACACUUCGUCAGGCGUGCAUUGAAGUUGGUUUCUUCUACAUUGUGAAUCAUGGAGUGGACAAAGAUUUGCUCGGCAGAUUGUUUGAAGAAAGUAAAAAGUUCUUUGAUCUUCCUGUAGAAGAAAAAAUGAAACUUGAUAGGAAGGAAAUUAGGGGAUACACACCAUUAUAUUCUGAGAAGUUGGAUACUUCUUUGAAUACCAAAGGUGACUCGAAAGAGUCUUUCUACAUAGGCCCGCUUCAUGAUGAAUUAUGCAAUUUGAACCAGUGGCCUUCUGAAGAGCUUCUUCCAAAUUGGAGAGCGACAAUGGAAGCAUACCAUAAACAAAUUCUGAAUGCGGGAAAAAGUUUACUGUCACUUCUUGCGCCAGCCUUGAACUUGAAUGAGAACUUUUUCGAGAAUGUAGGAGCUCUGGAUCAACCAAUGCCUGUUCUUCGCCUCCUACAUUACCCAGAAGGUGACAACAAUUGCAACAAUGAUGAAGUUUUAGGCGCAUCUGCUCACUCUGACUAUGGAAUGAUUACUCUGUUGGUUACUGACGGUGUUCCUGGACUACAGGUUUGUAGGGAAAAGGAUCGUCAGCCACGUAUUUGGGAGGAUGUUCCUCAUGUUGAAGGGGCGAUAAUUGUCAACAUUGGAGACAUUACAGAGAGGUGGACUAAUUGCUUAUUUAGGUCAACAUUGCACAGAGUGGUGCCAAAGGGACGAGAAAGAUUUUCUGCAGCUUUGUUCCUUGAUCCUCCACACAAUUUUUCUGUGGAGUGCUUAGAAACUUGCUGCAGUGAGUCUAAUCCUCCAAGAUUUCCUCCAAUCCGCUACAAUGACUACCUCAAAGAACGUUAUAGGGUUACAUAUGGAGCUUAGCAGAUACUUAUUCACGUACUCGUACCUUAAAAGAGCAAGUGGUGGUACGACAUUUACUUGGGAUUUACGCGUUCAUAAAUGAGUUCGUAUGAGUGUCAUUGUACCUAUUUUGCUAUAUGAUUAGCCAAGUGUUGCUGUAUUGUAUUGUGUGAACUCUGAAGUGAGUAAUAACAGGAAAUCCAUCCAUGUAAAAUUCUCACAGGAUAUAUUAGUGGUAAAAUUAUAAGCAAAAUACGGAUUAUUUGUUAGACGUUGAA